UAACCUCUCGACCUCCCUCCAGUGUCGCUCCCUCCCUCCCGCGACCUCUCUCCUGCGGCCUCCCUCCAGUGUCGCUCCCUCCCUCCCGCGACCUCUCUCCUGCGGCCUCCCUCCAACGUCGUCUCCUCCCUCCCGCGGCAUCCAGCGUCCGCCCCGACCUCCCUCCCGCGACCUCCCUCCAGCAUCGCCUCCCUCCCGCGGCCUCCAGCGUCCGCCCCGACCUCCCUCCCGCGACCUCCAGCUGCCUCCCUCCCUGGCACUGUGCGGAAGAAAGCGAGGACCUUUUCGGUUGUUGCUUCUGCCAUUUUGCCAGUGUAAUUAGUUGAAAGAGAAAUUCAGAAGGAAAUCCUUUCAACUAUAGUUGAUUUGGUUAAAGGAUCAAAGUAAUUCUCAUGGAGGGUGAAUCUACGAGUUGUCGUCAUUUGAAUUUUGAAGGAAAUGAAGCUAGUCGGGAAGGUGACUUUGAUGUUAUUGAUGAAGGCUUGAACAUUGAAACAGAUUUGGAUAUACCACAAAUGGGGUUGGAAUUUGAGACAGAAGAAGAUGCAUAUCAAUUUUAUUUGGCAUAUGCUAAAAAGGUUGGAUUUGGCGUAAGAAGAGGUAAAAUCCACAGUGAUAAAUCGGGCAAAUUACUUGAUAGGGUUUUUUAUUGUUGUGCCCAAGGUAAAAGAGGAAAAGACAAACGAAAUCUUUAUGUCAAAGCAAGUCGUGAUGAAACAAGGUUUGGUUGUGAGGCUAAAAUGAAGAUUAGUAAUCGGAAAAAAAGCAAGCUUACUGUGGUGCAAUUUGUUAAAGAGCAUAAUCAUUAUCUCUUAAGCCCAAACAAAAUGCACCUUUAUAGAAGUCGUAGGAAUAUAUCUUCUUCUCCAGCGAAACAGAUUGAGAUGACAAGUGAUAUGGAAAUCCCUCCAAAAGCAUCUCAUGAUCUUAUGGUGAGGCAAGUAGAUGGGAGGGAGAAUUUGGGAUGUAUUCCUGGGGAUUACAAAAACUACUUGCGAUCCAAAAGAACAAUAAAUAUGAGAGUUGGGGAUACAGGGGGUGUAUUGGAGUAUUUACAGAAAAUGCAGUUUGAUGAUCCUAAUUUUUUUUAUGCUAUUCAAGUUGAUGAAGAUGAUUUGAUUACUAAUAUUUUUUGGUCUGAUGCUAAGAUGAGAGCUGAUUAUGCUAAUUUUGGAGAUGUUGUUUGCUUUGACACAACCUACAGAAAGAACAAUGAAGGUCGACCAAUUGCGUUGUUUGUAGGUGUUAAUCAUCAUAAGCAAUCAAUACUUUUUGGUGCAGCUUUAUUAUAUGAUGAAACUAGUUUGACUUUUGAGUGGUUGUUUGAUACAUUAACUAGAGCUAUGGGUGAGAAAAAACCAACUACUAUUCUUACAGAUCAAGAUACAGCAAUGGCAAAGGCGUUAGCUUCCAAAUGGCCUGAAACACAUCAUCGUUUAUGCAUUUGGCACAUUUAUCAAAAUGCCACCAUACAUUUGAGUGGAACUUUUUCUCAAUUUAGUGACUUUGCUAAAGAUUUUGCCUCAUGUAUAUAUGAUUUUGAUGAAGAGGAAGAUUUUAUUUCAGCAUGGAACAUGAUGUUAGCAAAGUAUGCACUUGAAGACAAUGAUUGGUUGAGGUGCAUGUACAACAUAAAGGAAAAAUGGGCUUUAGUAUAUGGGCGGCAAAUGUUUUGUGCAGAUAUUACUACAACCCAAAGAAGUGAAAGUAUGAAUAGUAUUGUGAAAAAGUAUGUCACUUAUAAAUACAAGUUUUUAGACUUCUUCAAUCACUUCCAAAGACUUCUUGAUGAUCGUCGAUAUGAGGAAUUAAAAGCUGAUUUCAGAUCAAGUACAACUGUUUCAUAUUUAAUGUUUCCAAUUGAGAUUUUAAAGCAUGCUAGUGAAAUUUAUACUCCUGAGGCAUACAAGUGUUUUCAACGGGAGUGGGGCUUAUCUCAUGAUUCUAGUCUAGAAAUUUGUGAGGAUGUUGAUACAUUUAUAAAAUAUAAAGUUACUCCUCAUAAAAAGAGAAACCAUCAUAUAGUUACACUUGAUAAGAAGUCUGAAAAAAUUGAGUGUAGCUGUAGAAAAUAUGAAUUUGCUGGAAUUUUAUGUUCUCAUAUUUUGAAAAUAUUUACAUGGAAAAAUAUCAUGAAGAUCCCAAGUGAGUAUGUAUUGAAAAGGUGGACAAGAAAAGCAAAAAUUGGAUAUUUUGGAGUUAAUGAUUUAAUGACCAACAAUGCUAGUUUGGAUCCAAAAGUACUUCAAAACAUGCGAUACAAAGAUUUGUGUGCAUUGAAUGUUCAAUUGGUUACCAAGGCAGCGGAAAGGGAUAACACUUACAAGGUUGUUAAAGAUGCUAUGUUGAGCUUGUGUAAGAUGGUGGAUGAUAAGUUACAAGUUAAUGAAUCAAAUGUCCAGCAAUCAAAAGUGAGCCAAGAAUCCUGGGAAUUUGAUUAUGGUGAAGGGAACUCUACUGGAGCGAAAGGAAUUAAAAGGAAGAAGGAAACAGUCUUGAAAGGUGGAUCAGAGAAGAUUUUAAGGAAAAGAAAAGCAGCAACGAAAACAAACCAAGCUUCAACGAUUGUAAUGGAUGUAGAUCAAACUAUUUCUAACAUGGCCAGCUUACAAUGUGACCGGAUCAAUCAUCAAUCUAUAAAUUUUGUGCCAACAAUUGGUAGCUCUGUUGAUAGUGUGAGUAUGACUGAGACUCAAUUCUUACCAUUAUCGGCAUCGCAACUUUCUCAGGUGCAUCAACCAUCUCAUCUUGAUCAUUUUCCAACAAAUUAUCUAGAAUAAUGCUACAAAAGGUAGUUAUUUUUACUGCAAUGCGGCUAGUACAAUGGUUUGUGUUAAAUUUGGAAGUUGGAGAUUUUUUAUGAUUUGGAUUUCUCUUAUAUUGUGAAAACUAUGGAUGAAGAAUCAGAAUCUUAGUGGAGCUAGUUUGAGUGCACUUCUUUAGUGUUAAAUUGAAGUUUAUGUUGAUUUAUGGGGUUUGUUGGCAAGUUUGUUGUGAUAUUUGUUGAUCAGAACUAUGAUGGCAAGCUUUGGUGUGUAAUUGUUGUUUUUGUGGAGUAUUUGUUUGUAAAGAUUCUAUUGAUGUAUUGGUUUGGUUGUAAGGAUUUUAGUGUGGAUGUAUUGAUGUCGAAUGUGUAGAUCUUGUGAUGAUAUUAUUUUAUGGUGAUAAGUGGAUGAGAUUUGGUGUA